GUGUGUACUGCCUAUGACAGCCAUUUAUUCUAAACAGAAUCACAAAAUUUUUUAGUUCGAACCACUUAGUGUACAAUGAGUUGGCUGUCAACCAUUUUCGGUAUUAUUUUGAUAACACUUUUGUGUACGAUAUGGAUAGCAGCGCAUCCGCGAUGGGAGCAAAUGGCCAAAGCUGUGGCCUCCAAGAUGAACUACGACGACCAGCAUAGAAUCCACACCGCAUCUAGGGCAGCCAAAAACGUGGAUGCGCAGAUCCACGAUUUCUACGUCAAGCUGGAGAAUCAGAAGAAGGUUGCUGCCCGUGAAGUAUUGGAUAGUGCAUACACUGAAACGACCAAAUGCAUCGAGGUAUUCUACAGUGGUGAGCUGGAGCAAACGUUUAAGGACUGCAUCGAGCACGUCACCCGUCUGCACAUGGAAAGGCUGAGGUCACUCCUCCAAAUUACCACUAAGCGACAGGCGAGCGGAGCAAGCAGACUUAAAAUCUGGCACUGAUAAUACCCUGGAGUCUUCCCAGGAUCGCUGGCAGGCAACGAGUCUGUUUUCUUUGCACCCAGUGCUUUCUGAUGUACUUUAAUUAGACAGUCAACUCGAGACCCGUC